CCACAUUUGAAGGUUAAAGUCAGUCUGUGUCCAUCUCAAUACUAAACAAGCCGCCGUUACUCGCCUAUCAGUCUACAGUUUUACUUUUCAUUUAUACAAAUAUAAACACACUACCAUGUCGAUAUUUGCUGAAGUCCCGGAGGCUGCUCCUGUCGCAGUAUUUAAGCUGACAGCAGAUUUCCGUGAAGAUCAAAAUCCAAACAAGGUGAAUCUAGGAGUCGGAGCAUACAGGACAGAUGAAUGUCAGCCCUGGGUUUUACCUGUGGUGAGAAAAGUGGAGAAGAUGAUCGCUGAAGAUCAUAGUUUGAACCACGAGUACCUGCCCAUCCUGGGCCUGCCGGAGUUUCGUUCCAGCGCAUCUAAGAUCGCCCUGGGUGAUGACAGUCCUGCCAUCAAGGAGAACCGGGUAGGAGCUGUACAGUGUUUAGGUGGUACUGGUGCUCUCAAGAUUGGAGCAGAGUUUCUUCGCCGGUGGUACAAUGGAACCGACAACACAAAAACUCCAGUUUAUGUGUCUGCACCCACAUGGGAAAACCAUAAUGCAGUUUUCUCUAACGCUGGAUUUGAGGAUAUCCGACCGUACAAAUAUUGGGCCGCAGAGAAGCGCGGACUCGAUCUGGCAGGUUUUCUGGGUGACCUUGAGAGUGCGCCUGAUCACUCCAUCUUUGUGCUGCAUGCUUGUGCUCACAACCCCACCGGUACUGACCCCACCCAGGAACAAUGGAAGCAGAUCGCUGAAAUCAUGAAGCGGAAGAAUCUGUUUGCCUUCUUUGAUUCAGCCUAUCAGGGUUUUGCCUCAGGAAAUUUAGAGAAGGAUGCUUGGGCUGUUCGCUACUUUGUGUCCCUGGGUUUUGAAUUGUUCUGUGCCCAGUCAUUCUCCAAGAACUUUGGCCUGUACAAUGAGAGAGUGGGGAACCUGACCAUUGUAGGCAAAGACCAAGAGAAUGUAAACCGUGUACUGUCUCAAAUGGAGAAAAUCGUUCGAAUUACAUGGUCCAACCCUCCAUCCCAGGGUGCACGCCUGGUUGCCAUCACACUCAACAGCCCUGAACUCUUUGCUGAAUGGAAGGACAACGUAAAGACAAUGGCAGAUAGGGUCCUGUUGAUGCGCGCUCAGCUGAAGGAAAAACUGAAAGCCCUUGGAACUCCAGGAAUCUGGGAGCACAUCACUGAACAGAUUGGCAUGUUCAGCUUCACAGGACUGAACCCUAAGCAGGUGGAGUAUAUGGUGAAGGAAAAGCACAUUUAUCUAAUGGCGAGCGGUCGCAUCAACAUGUGCGGCCUCACCUCCAAGAACAUCGACUAUGUGGCUGAGUCCAUUCAUGAGGCUGUCACUAAAGUCCAAUAAGCAUCUCUUUCACACUUCCUGUAUGUGUGUGUGUCCGCAGGAACAUAGACGCACAAACCAACACACACACACCGCCUAAUACACACUUUCACUCACCAGCUUUUGGUGGUCUAAUUUAAUAAGCAGCAGUUGUACGUCAUGUUUUAUCUCCUUCAGUCAUAAAGAAAUUAAAUGGUCCCAGAAUAUAUAUAUAAUUAUAUACACACUGAUCAGCCACAACAUUAAAACCACCUGCCUAAUAUUGUGUAGGUCCCCCUCGUGCCGCCAAAACAACGCAACCCGCAUCUAAGAAUAGCAUACUGAGAUGAUAUUCUUCUCACCACAAUUGCACAGAGCGUUAUCUAAGUUACCGUAGACUAUGUCAGUUUGAACCAGUCUGGCCAUUCUUUGUUGACCUCUCUCGUCAACAAUGCAUUUCCGUCCACAGAACUGCUGCUCACUGGAUGUUUUUUGUUUUUGGCACCAUUCGGAGUAAUAUAUAUACACUGGCGGCCAAAAGUUUGGAAUAAUGUACAGAUUUUGCUGUUUUGGAAGGAAAUUGGUACUUUAAUUCACCAAAGUGGCAUUCAACUGAUCACAAAGUAUAGUCAGGACUUUACUGAUGUAAAAAACAGCACCAUCACUAUUUGCAAAAAGUAAUUUUUGAUCAAAUCUAGACAGGCCCCAUUUCUAGCAGCCAUCACUCCAACACCUUAUCCUUGAGUAAUCAUGCUAAAUUGCUAAUUUGGUACUAGAAAAUCACUUGCCAUUAUAUCAAACACAGUUGACAGCUAUUUGGAUCAUUAAAUGAAGCUUAACAUUGUCUUUGUGUUUGUUUUUGAAUUGCCACAUUAUGCAAUAGACUGGCAUGUCUUAAGGUCAAUAUUAGGUCAAAAAUGGCAAAAAAGAAACAGCUUUCUCUAGAAACUCGUCAGUCAAUCAUUGUUUUGAAGAAUGAAGGCUAUACAAUGCUUGAAAUUGCCAAAAACUGAAGAUUUCAUACAAAGGUGUACACUACAGUCUUCAAAGACAAAGGACAACUGGCUCUUACAAGGACAGAAAGAGAUGUGGAAGGCCAGAUGUGCAUCUAAACAAGAGGAUAAGUGCAUCAGAGUCUCUACUUUGAGAACUAGAUGCUUCACAUGUCCUCAGCUGACAGCUUCAUUGAAUUCUACCUGCUCAACACCAGUUUCAUGUACAACAGUAAAGAGAAGAAUUGCAAAGAAAAAGCCACUUUUGAAAAAGAAAAACCAAAAGAAAAGGUUAGAGUGGGCAAAGAAACAAACAGAUACAUUGGACAACAGAUAAUUGGAAAAGAGUGUUAUGGAUCUUAACCCCAUUGAGCUUUUGUGGGAUCAGCUAGACUGUAAGGUGCGUGAAAAGUGCCCGACAAGACAGUCACAUCUAUGGCAAGUGCUACAGGAAGUGUGGAGUGAAAUGUCACCUGAGUAUCUGGACAAUCUGACAGCUAGAAUGCCAAGGAUCUGCAAAGCUGUCAUUGCUGCAUGUGGAGGAUUUUUUGAUGAGAACUCUUUGAAGUAGUUUAAGACGUUCUGACAUUUUUUUUCAAAUUGUAAUAGUAAUUUAUUAUGUUAUUAAUGUCCUUAUUAUACAUUGUGAUCAGUUGAAUGCCACUUUGGUGAAUAAAAGUACCAAUUUCUUUCCAUAAGAACAAAAUCUGUACAUUAUUACAAACUUUUGGCUGCCAAUGUAUAUAUAAUGUAAUGUAUAUAUACAUACACAGUAUACACGGUCUUGUCAGUUUCCUUUUGCCUUUUUCCUGUGUUUCAGAUAGAGUACAUUUAAAUAUCCUUGUUGGUGUUCAUUUCAAUCUUGUUUGUAUAAAUAAGUACUUUGUGGUGGAAUUAUGGCAUUUAAGGAACUUUCAGUCAGUCGAAUGACUUUCUCUGGAUUUCUUUAGCCUAAAGGUCCAGUGUGACUGAUUUUAAGAUCUUCUGUUUUUCCUUAGAUUAAUUUCAAGCAGGUUUGUUUAACUGAAUUAGAGUUAUAUGACCAACCCUGAGCUGGCGGGGUGGAAGGAGAAUGCAGAACUAGCCCUGUCUUAUCCCUAUCUUAUAUUGAUUUUAUUGUCAUGUCUCCAAAGAUUUCAUUGAAUUGAGUGCAUGACUGAAGGACAAUGUGCGUGUUUCAUGGUGUAUGUGUCGGUAUGCGUGGUUUAAAACUCUGAACAUGCUUACAGAGAUGGCUUGAAAAGAACUUGAAUGACCAGGGGCAUUAUACUGUGUUUCACUGAUAAUUGCAAUAUGAUUUAUUUGUCAUCUGAUGCUCAUACUUCAAAUGAAAUGGUUUGAAGCAACCAUGAAAUCAACUUUUGCGUACUAAUUUUCUCAUUUUAUGUCAAGCUACUAAAUUACUUAUGUUGCUUUUAUAUUGCUCCAAGACAUCAACAAAAUGUUCAGAGACAGUUGUCUCAUAAAGUUGAUUGCAUAAAAAUGAGAGAGAUAAAUUGUCAAGCAGUGUUCAAAAAGCCAUCUGGAAGCUGUUUGAGUGAAUUUUAGAUUUAACAUAUUCCUUCAAGCUUUUUUAUCUUUGACUACUUUUGUGCUGGAAACACUGGUUUAUGAAGACCCCAGGCAUUGUUUUGCACUUUAUUUUUGUGUCUGCUUUCAAAGAUGUCUUUUUAAUCUGCUGAUUCUGGUCCAUCACUUCAAAUGUUCAAGCUCAUUUCCGCAUUGCAUUGUCAUUUAAUGAAUGUCCAGCCAUUAGUCAAAGUACAGUUCACUCUCCCACCCAGCUUAGUCUCAUAAGAUUAUAAAGCUCUGUGUGCACAAAUACUCUAAUAAAAGUGCAUUGAAAUAAAA